AUGCUUCAAAAUGCUGCAGAGCAAAGAGCUAUUCGAAAGCGACGACCGCAAGAGACACGAGGCUCAGAAGUUUUGUUCGCGAGAGCAGUAGAAGCAGCUGAGACGGUGAAGAUCGACACGAAAGGUCUGAAGGAGAUCGAGAUGAGAGCACUCAUGGAGGUCAUGACCUACCGGUAUGCCAAGAGCGAAGAAGAAUUCAAGAAGACCAUCGUGCAGACCCGAGCUUCCUGCAAGGCCAAAUUGCCUUUUGGAAAUGGAGUGCUCACGAUGACAUACACGGUGAACACUCAAAUGCUCCAGCUACAGACUGGAGCGGCCUAUCUCGACCGUGCCGAGACCACCGUGGAAGCCGUGCUCAUGCAUUACAAGGACCUGCUCAAGGAGAACAAGGUGACGCCGAUGCUGGAGGGAACCGGCGAGUGGGGGGUUCGAUCCUGUUACUUUGAAGAGAAGAUCGAGGAGGGCCAGCCGACCUCUGAGAAAGGAUAUGAGCCGUCAGUGGUGAGGGCAAUGACCCCUACGGAUGUCGAGUUUUGUGCCGCAGUGGCUGAAUUAUGUCACGAGGGCGCUCGGAAGCUUCACAGCUAUCCUGGCUGGAGGCAGAAGUACCUCCAAAUGAUGCUCCGUGAAUUUGGAGCAGAGCCAGAGAUGGUGAUGGAACUUAGUGGCCUGACUGAACAGUACCAUCUGGCCACAGAUGAUCAGGAUUGGUCGGCUUCGGAGCUGCAGAACUCGGUGCAGACCACUGAUGCUGGAGACAUGGAGCCCAAGCCCAUGGGCAAGAAAGAAGGCUUGAGCUUUGCGGUGAAGCAGGGGCAGCAGAUAACUUUGAUAAUCAGGGACAAGAGUCUUGCAGAAGAAGAUGCUUCCUUCUUUUCUUGGCGCCAAUGGAAGUUUGCGUUUCAGAUUUGGUGUGGGAAUGUCGUGCACAAAUGGCGUAGCAGCAGAAGUGUUUUCACCUCCUAUUUGCGUCCAUCUGGAAAUCUACUCCGGGAUGGUUGUGUUGCCUUAGAUUCUCCUGGAUUUCAAGUGGGUGGUGCAGGUGGUGUAGUUGAAGAAGUGAGCUGGCACAAUGAGCUGGUUUGGGUGUAUGACUUCUACCCAUACCAGCAGACCUUGUCGCACCAUGAUCUUGAACCGCUGCCCAAUGGAAAUGUACUCGUUCUGGUUUGGGAGCGCAAGACUAAGCAGCAAGCCACAGACGCUGGCCGCGGAUCAGAUCUGAUGCCUGACAACGAAGUUUGGAAUAAUCUUGUCCUUGAGCUUCGGCCAGAAGGCACUACUGCUACGGUUGUUUGGCAGUGGUCCAUGUGGGAUCACAUAGUUCAAGAUUUGAGUGAGAAAUUGCCAAACUUUGGUGGAAUUGGAGCGCAUCCUGAGCUUUUUGAUAUCAACUUCUGUCCUGUUGGCGGGAUACACGCCCAACGAAACCGGAAAUUGGCCACGAAAGGUCAAGGCAAAGGGACGCAGGAUCCAUCGGGCCUAGCAUUGUGGGACAGGGCAGGCGGCCAAACAGGGGAGAAAGAUUGGCUUCACAUCAAUUGCGUCUCUUAUGACGAAGCUCGGGAUCUCAUUGUGCUUUGCAUCAAUGUUUCCUCUGAGUUUAUUGUCAUUGAUCAUGGCACCACAGUCCAUGAAGCUCGAGGACACACGGGUGGAACACGUGGAAAGGGCGGAGAUAUCUUAUAUCGGUUUGGCAACCCAGUUGCGUGCCGGAGAGGCACGCUUCAGGACCAAGUUCUAUUUUGCCCACACAGUGCUACCUUUGUAAAAGUUGCAGCCGGGACGUGCAAUGUCCUGGUGUUCAACAAUGGUCGUGCACCUGAUCGUUUGUUCUCAACAGUAGACGAGUAUGAACUUCCUUUCAAUCCAGCGGGCAGCUUCUAUGACACUGUGGCAAAGCCAAAGGCUAUUUGGAGCUUCGGCCCACAACAGGGCAAGCUAGGCAGCUUCUACUGCACUUAUAUCUCUGGGGCUCAGCGGCUGCCCAAUGGCAAUACAUUGGUUACGAUGGGGCCACAAGGAAUCAUUUUCGAGGUCAACCCUCAGGGUGAAGAAGUUUGGCGCUACAUCAAUCCAGUCCGAGAGUGCGAAGGUGCCGCCUUCGAAGAUGCAUUAGCAUUCUGUGAGCCCCUGCUCGAUUCGGAAGAGCCAGCCGCCAAACGAGGCUUGUCCAACCUCAUUGCACCGCCCGGUGAGCUUGAAGGCCUUGAAGAUGACGAGGAGUUUUGCCUUGUCAAGAGGAUUCUUGGAAAGGCGCUUGCAGAAGUUUUCACCAAUGCGCAGCAACGCCUGGCCAAAGCAAUGGGGAACUUUUGCAAGGUCAAUGCAGUGGAUCACGCUGGGCCCUUGGACAGAGAACGGGGCCAUGGCGGCGUUCUCCCCUGGCUCUUUCGUUGCUUGGUGCUUCGUCGUGGUUGCCUGGUCCCUGCCCCUAUGCGGCUCCCGGCCGGGAACCGGGUUGAAGGCAAGCCGCCCUGGCAGCUUGCCGUGCUGAGCUGUUCCCUCCUGCACUGCCUACCCUUGCGCCUUCGAUGCUGGUCCAUUGGCGACGGCGGCGAGCCUGCUGGGUACCUCCCGGCCUGGCGCCGACGCCUAUGGCGAAGAUGCGGCUACUUAGGCGUACGGGUGGGCGAAGCUACACAUCCGGGGCCCCCUCAACCUGGCACACCGCUGGGGGGAGAGCGCCCUCGACGCAUGGACGUCGCUGGAAGCCCGCGGGCCAGCACGACAGGCCACCGCACGAGUGUUCUGCCCCGUGCCUGCUUGCCCAUGCUCCGAUCCAUCUACUGCGCGAGCUUCCGGCGGGGGAGUGCUGGCGGGCCCACUGGCUUGCGGGGUGAACAUUUGCGUGAGGCUUUGGACAGCGCGCGCGGGGAUGAGGCCCCUGCUGAACUGGCCCCGCGCUUUGCAGGGGCCACUCUACACGCGCUGCCCAAACAUGGCAACGAUGUGCGGCCGAUUGCUGUGGGUGAGACUUUGCGGCGUUUGGUGGCCAAAUGCUUGUGCGCGCAGGUCAAGUCUGAGGCUCGGGGUUGGCUGUCCCCGUUGCAAGUCGGCGUGGCCGUGCCUUUAGGGGCAGAAGCAGCCAUCCAUUCUUCCCGGCAUUGGUUUCACACCAACCGUGGCCAUCCUGACAAGGUCUUCCUCAAGUUGGAUUUUGUCAACGCCUUUAACACUGUGGACCGGGCAGCCCUGCUCCGUGAAGUGCGGCUCCGGGUGCCCGCCGCGGCUGCAUGGGCCGAAUGGUGCUACAGCCACCGUUCCCAGCUUCUGUUUCAAGGAGAGCACAUAGCGUCAGAAGCCGGGGUACAACAAGGAGACCCUCUUGGGCUGUUGUUUUUUGCUUUGGCUCUGCAACCUGCAUUGCUUGCAGCGGGCCGCUCCCACCUCGACCUGUGCUUCGCCUACUUGGAUGAUGUUUGCUCGGCUGGGGCGUCAAAGCCGCCCUCGGCCGGCUUGCCAACACAGCUCGCCAGGUUGCAGCAAACCUUGGCUCUGACGCUGCAAAGGGAGAAUGCGAGGGCGGUCCUGCGUCGGGCUGGGGCUGGCCUUGCAGAUGCGUUCAACUGGGAGUUGCACCUACUGCAAGAUGACCCUGUUGCUGGCUGUGAGAUGAUUGAGAUUUUGACGGGGUGGUAUGGUGUGGAAAGAUUUCGGCGUUAUGCGCGCUCGAAGGGCAUGGAGCCCCCUGACGCCAGCGACACAGAUACAGCGUCCAUGAGUUGCAGUGCAGACUUCCGUCAGGCCAUGAGGUUUUAA